CUUCCUCCGGCGCCCAGGCCCGAGACUCUUCCCUCCGCCGGGCUUCCAACUCCAGCAGCUUCGGAUUGGCCGAGGGGCUUGACAGGAGGCGGAGCGUGAAGUAACCGGCGCUGCCCGCCCUCCGCUAUAAGCCUCUUUGCAGCUUUCCCACUCAAGCUCCCUCGCGCUCCUGUUUCCUGCGUGUCCUUGUAACAACCGAAGGAUGAAAACAGACGCGCCGGGGAAAUCUGCUCCAAACAGGCACAACUGUCGUGUGAAAACGCACAGGCUCUACCGUCCGUAGCCGUCUCUUCUUCCUCCACCUCCUCCUCCUCCUCUGCUUCUUUUCGGUAGCUGGGCUUUUUUUUUUUUUCCUUCCUUCUUCUUCCUUCCUUCCAAAAAGCGCAACUCCUCUCCUCCGCCUUUCCUCCUUUUCGUCUGAUUUGUUUCUUUCUUUCUUUAUUUUUUCCCCCUCACAACCACCCAUCCGACAACAAGUCUCCUUCCCCCGCCGCCUCCACUGCCGCCGACGCCGCCGCUGCCGCUCUCCAGGCCGCGGGAAUCACAAAAGAAAGCUUCGCAAGUCGGGUUGGUUUACGGACUUGAAAAGCCCGGGCAGAAGGGACCGAGCGAGCGCGGAGAGGCCGGGAGAAGGAGCGGGGAAAGACCCCGCUCGAAUCCAACGAGUCGCUCAGAGACACUUUUUGAGAGCUGAGGCGAGAGAGGGAGAGAGAGAGACGGAGAGAUUGUAAUCCUCUGACGAAAUAGAAAGGGAAAAAAGAGAGGGAAGAAGAAGAAGAAGAAAAGAAAGUUAAAAGCAGCGGGAAGAGAAAAAAAAAGAAAAAGAAGAAGAAGAGCACCUUGUGGGAGGAAUGGUUGCCGCAGCGGGACAGGCUCUCCACAGCCGCCGUCUUCGCUCUUGCUGAGGAGGGGAUUUAAGUUGAGAGCUACAUGACCGCGCCGAGCGGGGACUCACCAGCACCAUGCGAGCACAAAUCGAAGUGAUACCAUGCAAAAUUUGUGGCGACAAGUCCUCUGGAAUACACUAUGGGGUCAUCACCUGUGAAGGCUGCAAGGGAUUCUUCAGGAGGAGUCAGCAAAACAAUGCCUCAUAUUCCUGCCCAAGGCAGAGAAACUGUUUAAUUGACAGAACCAACAGAAAUCGCUGCCAACACUGCCGACUGCAGAAGUGUCUUGCCCUGGGAAUGUCUCGAGAUGCUGUAAAGUUUGGAAGAAUGUCCAAGAAGCAGAGGGACAGUCUCUAUGCUGAGGUACAGAAACAUCAGCAGCGGCUGCAGGAGCAGCGCCAACAACAGAGCGGCGAGGCUGAAGCCUUGGCCCGAGUCUACAGCAGUAGCAUCAGCAAUGGCUUAAGCAACCUGAACAAUGAAACGGAUGGCACUUAUUCAAAUGGGCAUGUCAUUGACCUGCCGAAGUCAGAGGGUUAUUACAGUGUGGAUUCUGCUCAGCCCUCCCCAGAUCAGUCUGGCUUAGACAUGACCGGAAUCAAGCAGAUCAAGCAAGAACCUAUUUAUGACCUCACUUCUGUACCAAACUUGUUUACCUAUAGCUUUUGCAACAACGGACAAUUAGCUCCAGGGAUAACCAUGGCAGAAAUAGAUCGAAUUGCACAGAAUAUAAUUAAGUCCCAUUUGGAAACGUGUCAGUAUACAAUGGAGGAACUACACCAGCUAGCCUGGCAAACGCACACAUAUGAAGAAAUCAAAAUAUACCAGAGCAAGUCAAGAGAAGCAUUAUGGCAGCAGUGCGCAAUCCAGAUCACACAUGCGAUUCAGUAUGUGGUGGAAUUUGCAAAACGGAUAACGGGCUUCAUGGAACUCUGUCAGAAUGAUCAGAUUCUACUUCUCAAAUCAGGCUGCUUGGAAGUUGUUCUAGUGAGAAUGUGUCGUGCCUUCAACCCACUCAACAACACCGUCUUGUUUGAAGGAAAAUAUGGAGGAAUGCAAAUGUUCAAGGCUUUGGGUUCUGACGACCUUGUAAAUGAAGCAUUUGACUUUGCAAAGAACUUGUGUUCAUUGCAGCUGACUGAGGAAGAAAUUGCCUUGUUUUCAUCUGCUGUUCUGAUAUCACCAGAUCGAGCUUGGCUCUUAGAACCAAGGAAGGUCCAGAAACUUCAGGAAAAGAUUUAUUUUGCACUUCAACAUGUGAUUCAGAAGAAUCAUCUUGAUGAUGAGACUUUGGCAAAGUUAGUAGCCAAGACAUCAACCAUCACUGCACUUUGCAACCUGCAUGGAGAAAAACUGCAGGUAUUUAAACAAUCUCAUCCUGAUAUAGUGAACACACUUUUUCCUCCGUUAUACAAGGAACUGUUCAAUCCAGAUUCUACCACUGGUUGCAAGUGAAGGGAAAGUGAAAGCUCCUGGAAUGCAUCGCUGAUCAGACAAAAGAAUUGUUGUCAUGAAGACUUUCUUUAAAACUUGUCACUACUGCAAACCUAGGAAUGUCCUGCACUUAAUAGAAUUAUUUUUCACCGCUACAGUUUGAAGAAUGUAAAUAUGCACUCCUGACUGGAGCCUCUUUGGUUUCUCUUCUUUUUGUUAAUUUUUCCCCCCUUUUUUAAUUUUUAACUGACCAGAAAAUUGCAAGUAUAGAAUACUGGGUGUGAUCUUUAUUGUUUAUUGUUUAUUUUAUUGGGGCUAUGUUCUGGGAGACCACUGUUUAUAGAUGUUUAUUGUAGAUAUAAAAGAAAGCAGAGGAGUAAUUUGCAACAUUACUCUGUUUAGUCAAAUAUAAUUUAAGGAAAAUUCACUAAACUAGGCUUACCUAUUUCUAUGUUUUAGCUAGUUAAAUGCAUGUGGCAAUUUGUAGCUGUCUUGGAAACAGGUGUGUAUGUGUAUGCAAAAAGUCAUGGACUUUCCCUUUGUGUGUGCGGCAUCAAUGCAUUGAGGGCUUCAUACAGACUUUAAAAGACCCUGCUUUCCCUGAAUUCUUGGCAAGAGUGGACAAAGCACAUUUCAAAGCAGUAGAGUAUUUCAUGUCUUGCCCUAUCGCUUUUUCCCUAUUCAGUAUACAAAGAUGGUUGGAGACUGUCCAUUACCCUAUGUGUUAACCUGAGGAGGAGGGGGAAUAAGGAAAAAUCUGAAAUACUGAAGUCCCAUAUGGAUUCUCUGACACAUGGGGAAACUUCAUGUCCUGUUUGUCUAUGAGCAGUAUAUAUCAGGGAAGGCCAACGUUCAUACUUUUCAACCUGUUCUAUCCUUUAGACCAUGUUUAGAACCAGGAAAAUAUUUUUACGCACCAUUCGAUCACCUCUCCACUAUAAAUUCUAAUAAAACUGAAUCAUCCAGGGCAGUGUUUCCCAACAUUGGCCAUUUCUAGGUAUGUGGACUUCAACUCCCAGAAUUCCCCUGCCAGCAUGGCCAUUGCUAAGAAUUCUGGCAGUUGAAGUCUAUACCCUUAGAAAUGGCCACAGUUGAGCAACACUAAUCUAGGAGGUUAUUUAUAAAAUUAAAAAAAAAAAAAGGAGAUGCAAUACGAAAUCUCUCAUACAAAGAAGGGCACCACCUAAACUUCAUUUGAACAACCAUUUUUUCCCUUCUUUGAAUAAAAUUGCAGGAAAUGUUUUAAUCAAGAUUUAAUUCACAUUUGAUCAUACCACCGGAGAGAGGAUAAAAUUGCUUUAUGAGUCAACUAUUAGCCAUCCCUGAA